AUGCAAUCUCUCCUGGUUGAAGCGUCCAUGGAGUCGAUGACGAAUUUGGAAAAUGUUUCCUUCGAUGUUCCAUUGUCCACUCUGGCGAAUUUGCCUUCGGUCUCGUCCACCACGGCUUUGGAUGUCCCCGAGUUCUGUGAGAUGCAGUUGUGCCUACCUCAGUUCCUUUUCCAUUCAUCAAAACCAUCGUCGUCACCUGUAAUCGAGGAAUCGGUCUCCACUACUACAAAUACCACCGCAGAAGAUAGCGACACUUCAUGUCCCUGCGCCUGCCUACAAAUACCACGGCAGACCUUAUGUCUUGUACAUCUUCGAGGUCGUGAGGUUAGCGUUCACCUUUACAAUUGGAGCCGGGAUGAUGUCGACCGUCUUUUUCAUCGCAUCGACAGCAUUGUCGCUUGGUACAACCAAAGAUUUCAGCUGAUGAGCUGCUUGUCUCUGCAGAAAAUGGGUCUUUUCCACUGUCUUCGUACACCCAGCCACCUUCGAUUGCUAAGACAAGCCGUUCUUCUGGGUGAUCGUCUCUGCCCUCCGGAACUUACACCUACUCCGACUGUAGCAGUGACAUCAUCUACUAAUAUGGCAUCCCGAAGUAUCAGACGACGCCUUCUGGAAGGCUUGGUUGGUAGUGGAGCUUCUCUUCAACCUCCAUCGCAAGCAAUUUCGUCACCGCAAGCUGCUUCGUCGUCUGUUGAGAUUCCAAUUCCGCCUCAACUUCCGACGCCCUCUGCCCCUCCAUCAAACGCGUCAGCAGGCCGCUCAACUCAUUCUACUUCGCCAGCUACCCCCAGUACUGAGUCCACAAUUCUCCAACCCCAGUCUUUAUGCCUUCAGCAGCAUCUUAAGAUUGGAGGGGGAAGUUCACGGGAUUCUCAUGAUUUGCAUCUUACGAAGAUUUACCAGAAUUGUGCCCAAAUUCCAGCUCUUGGCAGUAGGUCGUCGACUGGAGUAGAUUAUCUUGAUGUGGUACACCUUCACGUGGAUCAGGCCCUACGAACAGUCAAAAAUGACUGGCGUCGUGCAGAAUAUUUGCGUCUUAUUACGGCACCGUUGAAGGCCUGGAUGGCUGGUGACAUUUUCGAAGUAAACCAGUACACUCCCUUAGAAUCUCAGAGUCAGGCGGUGUUAUCUCUACCCCAAGCAAUGACUCCCUCAUUAACAGCGUUUUACUCGGCAGUGAAGCGCUACGGCCGAACCCUUCACACCGUCUGUUCACCCAUCCUUUUCUGUCCGCGUGCCCGAGCCGAAGCAUUGAGACUGCAGCAAUUGGAACAGGUUGCAAUGGAAAAGGCCAAUCAUAACUUGGGUAAGGAAGAAGAAGAAGAAGGAGAAGAAGAACAA